GAUUAUUUUCAAUCACUUUUUUGCGAAGCGUUGACCCGACGAAGUGGUGGCGAGUUUUUGUGUUCCUCUAAAGAAAAAAUGGCUGCACUUGCUUGUGAACGUGUUUGGGUGGAUAGGGCCCGUUUUAACGAUGCUGAAUGCAAAUAUUAUGAAAGUUUAAGCAAGGAAUUAAAGAAAAGUUCUCCUAAAUCUUCGGAGUCUGUUGCUACAGCUUCGUCUGGUUCAAUUGAAAAAACAUGUAAUGAGAAGGGUAUUGUGGAACAACCAACCACAAAGUCUGCAAAAAAGAAAAAAUCUAAGAAGGUGAAAAGUAGCAAAAAUGAAACCGAAUCAAGUGUAUCAUCUACAGUUGCAGAUGAUAACGCUGCCAAAUCGGCUGCAGUUGUUAACAAUAUCAUUGACGAGGUAGAUAAUAUGAAACCUCGUUGCGAAAAAGUACAAGAACAGCAAGAGAAUGAAGCCAAGUCAAGUGCUAAGAAAAAUAAAAAAAAAUUAAAAAAUCGUCCAAUUCCUUUAACUAUUCCAACGCCAAAGAAUGGCACUGAAACCUCUUUGGAAAGCAAUAGUGCUAUACCACAAGAUUUAACUUUGAAAAAGAAAAUCAAAGGGAAACCUACCAGUGUUAAGGGAACGGCAAACAACAGUCAAUGUACAUUGGUUUCGGAAAUUGCCAAAGCCAGAGAACACAUUAAAAACUCUUUGGAAAAGAUGGAUGGCAUUGCUACAUUAGCUGCUUCGCCCGUCUCCAGUGAUGCAAUGGAUCGGAUUGCAACACUUGAAAAGGAAAAUAAUGAUUUGCGCAAAAUAGUAGAAGAUUUGAAAUCUCUUUGCUUAGAAUCACAAAAACGCAUUACUGUUUUAGAGGAAAAUAUUGCAGGAAAGUCAAAUGGCAGUGUUGCUACUGCACCUGUUGUAAUUGCUGCUAUCGCUAAAAAAGCCGAUGCCGAUGAUGAUGAUGAUGGUGUUGAUUUGUUUGCUUCAGAUAGUGAAGAUGAAAGUGCCGAGGCCGCUCGUAUUCGUGAGGAACGCCUCGCUGCUUAUGCAGCUAAGAAAUCCAAAAAACCAGCAUUAAUUGCUAAGUCUAGUUUAGUGCUUGAUGUUAAGCCAUGGGAUGAUGAAACAGACCUUAAGUUAAUGGAAGUUGAAAUUCGUAAAAUCACAACUGAUGGUCUUCUCUGGGGUGCUUCCAAAUUUGUGCCAGUUGCUUUUGGUAUUAAAAAGUUAAGCAUCUCUUGUGUUGUAGAAGAUGAUAAAGUUUCAAUUGAUUGGUUAACAGAAGAAAUUGAAAAGCAAGAAGAUUAUGUCCAAAGCGUUGAUGUUGCCGCUUUUAAUAAAAUCUAAUUUUCUCCUGAAGUUUUUUGAAAGCAAUAAAUUUAUGUAUUGUGAAUUAAA